GGAUAUGGUCUAACUGAGAGUACGGGAGCAGGUACAGGGAUGAUAAGACCUGAGGAAACAGACCGAUAUGGAUCUGCUGGUCGCCUUGCGGAUAAUUUGGAAGCUAAGAUAGUCGAUCCUGAUAGUGGAGAGGCCUUACCUCCCGGGAAGCGUGGAGAGCUUUGGAUACGCGGGCCAACAAUCAUGAAAGGUUAUGUUGGAGAUAAACAAGAAACAUCAGCCACUCUUAAUUCAGAAGGUUGGCUAAAAACUGGUGAUCUCUGCUAUUUUGACUCGGAUGGGUUCCUGUUUAUUGUUGAUAGGCUAAAAGAACUGAUAAAGCACAAGGCAUAUCAGGUUACCCCUGCUGAACUGGAACAGUUGCUUCAAUCAAUUCCUGAAAUUGCUGAUGCAGCAGUUAUUCCAUAUCCUGAUGAAGAAGCAGGGCAGAUUCCAAUGGCUUAUGUUGUCAGAAAACCUGGGAGCACUAUUAGUGAGUCACAAAUUGUGGAUUCAAUUGCAAAACAGGUUGCACCAUACAAAAAGAUACGGCGUGUUGCAUUCAUUAACUCAAUACCAAGAUCUCCAGCAGGAAAGAUCUUGAGAAGAGAACUCAUUGAUCAGGCCAUUUCUGGUACUUCAGCUAGAUUAUGA